AGAAAGAUGACCCUUACAACAAAGUGAAAGAUGACGACCCUUAUAACAAGGUUAAAGAGAAAGAUGACCCCUACAACAAGGUCAAGGACGAUGACCCAUACAACAGGGUGAAAGAGGAAGGAGAGUCAGGUGGUUCAUUUAUGGAUUUUGACCCUUACAAUAAGGUCAAAGAUGUUGACCCCUAUAAUAAGGUCAAGGACACUGAUCCAUACAACAAGGUCAAGGAUGUUGACCCUUACAACAGGGUUGAAGAUGUUGAUCCGUACAACAGAAUAAAGGGGGAUGACCCACCCUAUAAUAAAAUAAAAGGAGACGAUAUUGAUGAUCCUUACAACAAAGUAGAUGAGGAUGACUUUGUUGAUAUUACGGAGGAUCCGAAAUAUCCUUACUCCAUGGUUGAUCCUAAUAGGAAAGCGAAACAGGUGACAACAAUUACAGUGACUCAUAACGGUGCUGAGGAGCCUACUGCCUCUCCGGCUGGUGCCCCCCAAGUUGUAGAUACAUUCAAAGUUGAGGAAGGUACGGAUGAAUAUGCUGUUGUUGUGAAAAAUAGAUCAGACUCAUCAUCGGUGGCCACUGUUGUGACCGAGUCGAAGGUCACAGACAAUCCCCCAGAGGUCAGCCCCUAUACUCUGCCCCCUGAACCCCCGAGGAAUUACAGGAGUGAGGGAACGUCCGUACAAGCUCCGCCUUCAACUCAUGGAUCCGCACUGCCACCAGUCAGUUCAGUCAACCAAUCACAAACACAGACCUCAGCUGCUACAAGUGUGAAUCAAACCUCACCUGCUGAAGGAGACGCUGUGCAGGACACAGGUCCUCCUCGCCGGGAACCUGGCUACAUCAAGCUGACGUCAAGAGAGUCGAUGGCUAGCAUUAACGCACGCCGCUCUCUCAACACGUACGAAACUGUGGCAGAGACAGAGAACAUGUAUGCAACA